UCUACAUUAGCAAUCACCUUAAACACAGUGGAAGACAUACAUUGCGGCCAAGGUAAUGCGUUUGAUUUAUUUGGUUUUCCAACCCGGAAACUUUCACUGAUUGCAGCAGUGAAACGACGGCGAACACGUGCGGUUUGCAAGUGUUUGGUACAGAAACGUAAACGCACGACGGGGUUUUUUUUUUAACCAUUAAAAAGUAUAGCGAAUGAUAUAGGUAGUUUUAAAUUCCUUAUUUUCUUCCACCUUGCUGAAUCCCAGAGUUCUUCACUUGCUGGAUAUUGUUCUAUGUAAAUACGCUUCUUGUUGACCAUCGAAAAAAAAAAGAAAUAAAUUGAAGUGCUUUCAAUUGAUCGCCCUAUUGACCCGGAGUUUAAUAUAAGAGAAUAUAGAAUAAUUGGCAAGAUUUGGAGGAACCUGAUAAAGCCUUUAGCAUGAUGUCAUACCUCAAACAGCCCCCGUACGGUAUGAACGGGCUGGGGCUGAGCGGAACAGCUAUGGAGUUACUACAUCCUUCAGUGGGAUAUCCAGCGACCCCGAGAAAACAGCGUCGGGAGCGGACCACUUUCACGCGCUCACAGCUGGACAUUCUGGAAGCGCUCUUUGCGAAAACUCGUUAUCCGGAUAUUUUCAUGAGGGAGGAGGUGGCGUUAAAAAUCAACUUGCCCGAGUCAAGAGUACAGGUGUGGUUUAAGAACCGCAGGGCCAAGUGCCGACAGCAGCAGCAGAGCGGCAGCAACGCCAAGGCCAGGCCGGCGAAGAAGAAGUCGUCCCCGGCGCGGGAGAGCACGGGCUCGGAGAGCAGCGGCCAGUUCACCCCUCCGGCCGUGUCCAGCGCGGGCUCGGGCUCCUCGUCCUCGUCGUCCUCGUCCUCGUCCUCGUCCUCCUCCUCCGGCUCCAACUCCACCGGCCACGCCGGCCUCAGCAGCACUUCCGCCUCCAUCAGCACCCCCGUCUCGUCCAUCUGGAGCCCGGCCUCCAUCUCUCCCGGCUCGGCCCCGCCCUCGGUCUCCAUCCCCGACCCUCUGCCCCCCACCAGCGCCUCCUGCAUGCAGCGCUCCGUCUCUGGGGCCUCGGCCGCCUCCUACCCCAUGUCCUACAGCCAGGCGACGGGCUACAGCCAGGGCUACCCGGGCCCCUCGGGCUCCUACUUCAGCGGCGUCGACUGUGGCUCCUACCUGAGCCCCAUGCACUCUCACCACCACGGCCACCAGCUCAGCCCCAUGGCGGCGUCCUCCAUGCCCGGGCACCCCCACCAUCACCUGAGCCAGUCCUCGGGCCACCACCACCACCACCACCACCACCACCAGGGCUACAGUGGCGCAGGGCUGGCCUUCAACUCCUCGGACUGCCUGGAUUACAAAGACCAGACCGCCUCCUCUUGGAAACUCAACUUCAACGCCACGGACUGCUUGGACUAUAAAGAUCAGGCAUCCUGGAGGUUCCAGGUCUUGUGAAUCCAAGGUGUUUUUUUUUUUAAUCUUUUAAGACGAAUAAGUCUUGACGAACUUGAAUUGUCAGAGACGUUCAAAUAAUUUUUUGCCCUCCCCCCCCAUCCCUUUUAAAGAAAACAGAACCAAAACUUAUCUUGCUGGGCACAGCUUUGGCCUGCGUUUUUUUCCUUCCAGUUUUAAUCCCCUUUUAAUCAGUGAAGAAUCUAAAAGUCUGUGGACCACCGAAAAUGCGGGACAAUUAUUAUAAUUAUUAUUAUUAUUAUUAUAAUUAUUUUUUAAAAGCAAAGAUUUGUUUAACCAAACUGCAGUGAGAAGCCCGUGCGUCAAGCCUCUCUGUUUUCUUAGGUCUUGUUCAUGGAGAGUAAUUUCUCACACAGGAACUUUUUAAAAACUCUCGGUCUGGUGACCCACCCCCUCCCCCCCACCCCAGUCCAGUUCAAUUGUGUAUAGGUUUUUCUUCGUAUUCUGUUAUUUUUAGGAAGAAAAAAAAUAGACAGCUGCAUAAAGAAGCUGAAAUUUUGUAAAUAUGUAUUUGGGUCCAUUACAGUGACCACGUUUAGUUGGUGUUGCUGGAUUGAAAUUGUUUAAGAGCAACGACAAAACAGUCAAAUGAAUUGUCCCUGAAUGUCCAGAAAAUCGGCUGUAAAUGUCCAAUAUCCAAGUAGGAUUCCUUUUGUGGCGAACAAUCAUAGGUUAUUGCCCAGGAAAACAAAAAAAAAAUAUCGAUUAUAUUGGAUUUCCAUUCAAGCUGCUGUUUUUCAAAUCUUAAAAAAAAUUAAAACGAUAUCUAGUAAACCUUAGAUACAUUGUCUAAUAGUGAUGUAUGUUGCCGACUCAUUUUUAAUAGCAGCACUUGAACAUCUUUGUUAAUUAUGACUGAUUUGUCCUUUUUUUUUAUAAUGAGCAAAAAAAAAAAUGUGGAUUAGACAUACAAUUUCGGUAUGCCAGUGAAAUGUUGAAUGUAUUUAAGGCAAACGCCCUUACAUUCAUGUCCAUAAAAUAAAGAUCAGUUUAACAA